CUGCUUUGAGCUGGCUAUCGCGAGAGUUGGUCAGCGGACGCCGGAAGUAGUUCGUCGCUCCGUAGCGGCCGAAGGGGCGGGCUCGCGGGCUGGGGGUGUCUCGACUGCUUUCGGCUUGCUCGGCGGAGCAAGAUGGCGGACAUCUCCCUGGACGAACUCAUCAGGAAGCGCGGGGCGGCGGCAAAAGGACGUCUUAAUGCCAGACUGGGAGUUGGAGGUGUCCGAUCUCGAGUUGGGAUCCAGCAAGGCCUUCUCAGCCAGUCAACACGCACAGCCACCUUCCAGCAGAGAUUUGAUGCCCGGCAGAAGAUUGGCCUCUCAGAUGCCCGGCUCAAACUGGGAGUCAAGGAUGCCCGGGAGAAGCUUUUGCAGAAAGAUGCCCGAUUUCGAAUCAAAGGGAAAGUGCAGGAUGCCAGAGAGAUGUUGAACUCUCGCAAGCAGCAGACCACGGUGCCCCAGAAGCCCCGCCAGGUCGCUGAUGCCCGGGAGAAGAUCAGCUUGAAGAGGAGUUCCCCUGCUGCAUUCAUAAACCCACCCAUUGGGACGGUGACCCCUGCUCUGAAGCUCACCAAAACCAUCCAGGUUCCACAGCAGAAAGCCAUGGCACCACUUCAUCCCCAUCCUGCUGGAAUGAGAAUCAAUGUUGUCAAUAACCACCAGGCCAAACAGAAUUUAUAUGACCUGGAUGAAGAUGAUGAUGGUAUAGCUUCCAUUCCUACUAAACAGAUGAAGUUGGCAGCUUCAGGCGGCUUUCUCCACCACAUGGCUGGGCUAAGCAGUUCCAAGCUUUCCAUGUCCAAGGCCCUCCCUCUCACCAAAGUGGUUCAGAAUGAUGCAUACACAGCUCCUGCUCUCCCUUCCUCUAUUCGAACAAAAGCCUUGACCAACAUGUCCCGGACACUGGUGAACAAGGAAGAACCCCCCAAAGAGCUGCCACCUGCUGAGCCUGUUCUCAGCCCAUUGGAAGGCACCAAGAUGACUGUGAAUAAUCUGCACCCUCGAGUCACUGAGGAGGACAUUGUUGAGCUUUUCUGUGUGUGUGGGGCCCUCAAGCGAGCUCGACUGGUCCAUCCUGGGGUAGCAGAGGUGGUGUUUGUGAAAAAGGAUGAUGCCAUCACCGCAUAUAAGAAGUACAACAACCGGUGUCUGGACGGGCAGCCGAUGAAGUGCAACCUUCACAUGAAUGGGAAUGUUAUCACCUCAGACCAGCCCAUCCUGCUGCGGCUGAGUGACAGCCCAUCAGUGAAAAAGGAGAGCGAGCUGCCUCGCAGGGUGAACUCUGCCUCCUCCUCCAACCCCCCUGCCGAAGUGGACCCUGACACUAUCCUGAAGGCACUCUUCAAGUCCUCAGGGGCCUCUGUGACCACGCAGCCCACAGAAUUCAAAAUCAAGCUUUGAGCAGGGGAGUGAGGCAGCCAGAAGUGGGGGCAGAGGAGGGUGGCUCUGUUUCCCCAAGGCAAAGCUUAUGACCAUUGGGCCAUCGGACUGGAGACCCCUGAUUGUGGGAAGGGUUGCCAGGGGUAAAGAGCUUCCUCACUGGAUGGGACCCGCCUUUCUGUGUUGUGUUCUGCCCUGUGCUCUUCUCUCUACGUUAACGUUUCCUGUAGUAUGUUUCUUCUCCAUCUCAUCGCCAAGGUAGGCUUGUGUUUUUCAGUGUGUGCCUCCCCCAGCCUCAGCCCCAAGCUGAUUUCUUAUCUGGAAAUGGUACACUGAAUUCUCUGGGUGGCUUUCUUGUGGCCCCAUGGGAUGCAGCGCGGGGGCUGUCUGAAGGACCCUGCUUUUUCCAGGAGCCGGGGGGCUGCCUUUCCUUUGUGUGUAUUAAGCUUUUCAAACAACAGAGGGUAUGGAAAGCCGUGGUGUCCUGACAGGAGCCAGGUCGGCCUGAGAGCUGUGCCUUUCCUGUCUUGUCAGUGGAGGUGCCUAGGUGGGGAGCAGGUCUCAGGCCUCUUGUCCUCUCCCCAGUGGCUCCAGACCUCACUAGUGGCAAGGGCAGGAUGAGGCUGCACUGCUGGGAAGAGUCUAAGCUCUUGGCUUGGAGUCCCGUGUCAUCUCCGCCCAGAGGAAGUUCUCCAGAGUUCACCUUUCCCUUUUUCUUGAGUUGUGCUGAAUGCCCCACUCCAGCUAGCUCUCUUUCCCUUCUGGGUGUCUCUGCUGGGAGGGGGCUGUGUUGUGAGCCCUCCCGGUUCUCACCUCGCCUGGCACCACAUGCUGGUUUUGUGUAGCCGCCAGCUCUCUUCUGGUUGAGCUUUUGAAAGGCUCAGCCUCCCAUUCUGCAAUGCUGUGGGUUUGGAGCUUAUUUGAAUGGAAGAGGUCAGUUUGCUCCUGGCUCUCCAUUUCUGGCCUCAGUUGUCUACAGGACAGUGGUCAGGGAUGCCUGGAGGCAUAUAUCCGGCUGCCACCAAGGGGCACUGUUUGUUCCCACUUAUGUGAGUGACCCAUCUAUCCAUGACCAGAGGAUUAUUUUCCUGCCUUGGCAGAGGAGGAGUCAAGGGAGCAGGGCAGCUCUACCAGGCAAGCUGUUUCCCCAGCAUAGGCGCAGGCAGUUGGGACAAAACUUUAGAGCCCAGGGGCAGUCCCUGAAUGACCUAGCUAGUGUUGUCCCUGGUGUCACUGAGUGGUCCCCUGCUGGUUGGGAGUGAAGGGAAUCCAGGCUGGCAGAGCUGGAGCCAGUUGGGGAGCACGGUUCUGGGAGCUCUGCAAAAUCAGUAGCAAGUGCUGGGAAAGGCGCGUGCCGGAGACACUCAGAGCUCCCAAGAUUUGCUUGAGGCUAGCCCAGUGAAGAAAAACCAGACUCAUGUUUCCAGAGGUCAGUCUGUCAGGCAGGAAGGACCCAGGGUUUGAACCCAGCUUCAGUGUGCAGGCUCUGAGGCUGCCCAGUCCGGGAAAGUCCAAGGAAGGGGCCUGGUGGUGCUCCACUUCAGUUCUUUAAAGAAUGCUGCUUUUUAUUCUCCUAACCCUUUCAAGUGGGUGCAGACUUCUCGUUAGCAGCUGGAAGACAUUCCUCCCACACUUUACCCUUCCUGGCCCAAGAGAGCAUCCAGAAGGCAGUAAGACCGGGUUUUUCAGGUACUGGGAGCAGGGGCUCACUGCUUGCACUCUGCUUAGGGUAGGGACGGUAAAUAUCCUGCCUGCAUGGCUUUAUCCUCCCUCUCAUCCCAAAGCAGGUAUCUUCUGGUUGUCACAGAGUUUCAUUGAGUCCAGCUACAGCCACUUGGCCAUCUGGAGCUGGUGCUAUAGGUGACCAUCUGGUACAUUGAGGGGACCUGUUUGCCUCCUCCGCUCUAUAAGCAGUCAUCUUGGGAGACUGGGAAGAGAAGGUAGUGGGCUAGUCCUGUGUCCUCCUCCACUUCCCAUGCCUCUAUGUUACCCAUCUGUGUCUCCUGUGCAGGAGGAGAGGAAGGGGCAUUAAGAGAUGAAGGGUGAUUAUGUAGUACUUAACCAUUUCUGAAUAAACAUUUGUUAUUCCUA